CAUUGUUCGAUUCCCGCUCACGGCCACCAACACCACCAGUGGACAAAUAUCCGAACCGGUCCUGGGCCUCCCCUAGGGUCGACUCGGCCUCAAAUAAGCACCCCGGUGGCGGGUGGGUAGUAAACAUCUCCGCUGUGUGGGGGGGGCGGGGAGAGGAGAGAGACAAAGGCGGCCGGGCGUGGUUGGUUGCUGCCCCAACUUCGCGUGCCACAGUGCGGGCAACCUUCAUAGGCGCUGCACGCUGACGGCACUUGCCCCAACAGCCUGUGGCAAGGCUACACGGGGGACCUUUGUCUUUGGGGGUCACGUCUGGAAGGUUCUUUGCUUCCGGGUCACGGCUCUGGCUCCUCCCCCCUUCUCCCUCUGCAAUCAAGCGAGAGAUCAACUAAUUCACGAGCGCGCACGUUUUUAAUUUUGUUGCAAACUCGUUGUUGUUUGUUUGUGUGUCUGUCGUAGUCGGUGGUGGUGGUGGUGGUUGUUGUUGUCGCCGCGAUGGCCAAGUGGGGCGAGGGAGACCCGAGGUGGAUCGUGGAGGAGCGGGCGGACGCCACGAACGUCAACAACUGGCACUGGACGGAGCGCGAUGUGACCAAGUGGUCAGAGGAUCUGCUGCGGCAGCUGCUCCUGGACGUGCGGGCAACCUCUGUGGACGGGUCGUGCGAGGUCACGGAGGUCACCCGCGUGCAGGGCGAGGCCUCCUGCAACAAUCGCAAGGGCAAGCUCAUCUUCUUCUACGAGUGGGACCUGGAGCUCGCUUGGCAAGCUACUGGCAGUGCCAUGGGCACCAAGUACAGUGGUAUCGUGAAGAUUCCCAACCUCUCGGAGGAGAACGACAUUGACGAGAUAGAGGUGGCGGUGAGCCUCAAGAAGGACGAGGCGGAGACGCCGCUCUUGGAGGUGAUGAGGACUGCGGGCGUCGACGGCAUCAAGCACGCGCUGGUCACUUACGUCCGCACACUCAAGUCCGAGUUCACGCAGGGCAUGAUUCUCCCCGCCAAGAACGGCAUCACUUGCCAAACGCCGGACGCCACGUUGCCGAUUGGGCACGACGAGCAGCAGAAAGAUGCUUGUGCCCGGCGGCCAAGCCAAGAGGUCGGAGUUCGCAUCCCGACGUGUUCCGUGGUUCUAAUGGAGACGUUCCCCACGUGCGCCGAGGAGCUGUACCGCACAUUCACCUCCCAGGAGCUGGUGUCCCUCUUCACAAAUGCCCCAGCGUUGGUGGAGCCGGAGAAGGGUGGCCGCAUCCGAAUGUUGAACGGGAACGUGAGCGGCGAGUUCUGCGAGCUGGUUGAGAAUGAGCGAAUUGUCAUGAAGUGGCGAUGCAAGACGUGGCCAGAGGAGCACUACGCCGACGUGACGCUGCGACUGCGGAAGGCCGACGGCGGCAACACGGAGCUGCGGCUCGAUUGCCUGCACGUGCCGCUCAGGCACGAGGAGGCCACGCGCCACGACUGGCAGCGCCACUACUUCCACAGGAUCCGUCAGGCCUUCGGAUGGGUUGCGAGCCCCCCGCCACUCUGAGCCACCUCGCCCCGCCACGUCACACCGCAACAUUGCACCGCGCACGCCACACCGCGGCACACACGGUCCCUACCGUAAGCCGCACAUUUUUUCCCGUUGACUGGAGCAGGUGGCUGCGUUACCAAGCGCUAGGGGGCGCUAGUUGCAUGACGCAGAUCUGGGGCCCACUGGGAGGGGAUGAUGGGUGGGCGGAUGGGAAAGAUAGUACUUUUAUUGUUUGUCAUGGGGGGGGAUCUCAAAUUGGGACCCCUUGUGCAGACUUAAAGCCCUCCCAUGCUUUGAUAUUAGAUUGAACAGUGGGCCCUCUUUAUAAGCCUGACAUGUCCACCAACUGCAGGGCUGUUAGUAUUGGGCUUGGAUCGUGAGGGUGGCGUGCGGCACGGAGUGAUCGCUUGCUUGUCGUCUCUGCAAGCUGUGCUUUGGAGCGAGUGUUGGAUCGAUGUGUGAAAGACUGUCGGGGGUGAGAAGAGGUUAGGCUGAGGAUGUGUUGUAGCUGCACUUUUGCUUCAGCGGCAAUACUUGGCCCUGCUGCAAUUUCUAUUGCUCACCGUUUGCUGCUGCCUUUGGCAAAUUUAAAGGAAAGAAAAUACCACUGAUUAAUUUCAUAUGCAGCCAAUGCUGCUACCUCUUCUGAAGGAUAGGUAGGUGUUUGGACUUAGGAUAGACCACAAACCCACCCCUACCUUGAAGGUGUAAUGGAUCAGAGCAGUGAUCGGCACACCGUUGUACCAAUCCGGAUUAAAAGGCUCAUCCAGUUAUGCAGUGGCCUUCGUAACGGCGUUGAUGCCUUGGAUAGUUAAGAGUUGCAAAAUUGCAGAGAAGCGCUUUUGUGGCCACGCAUAUGCAAUUUUCACAAUGCAGUGUCCCAUCAGUGGCCGGGUGUGUCUCCACGUCCAGACGGACUUCUGCCGCAGCUGAUCUGCCUCCCCCAAUCGGGGGGGGGCUUCUCCAAAUGCCUCUGCCUUGCUCCCUUCCUCACCCCAACUGUUAAAUCUAGCAAGCACGAGUGCACUCUGCAGUCUGCUAAACCCAGUCCACAUUGUAAACUUACACGAGCCACAACUGCACUGCUGAUUAGCCAUGCAAUGCCGUGCGAAGGUUUGGGAGGCGCGUAAAGUCUAGGGGGGUUGCCUUUGAUUUUCAGGGGUAAGGAGGACAUUGUCCUUGACAGGCCUUAAGACUGGUCCGCACCUGAGCGAUCGGUUGCGCAACUUGGCUGUGUGCGAUUGAAUCACUUAUAUGCGGACGUCUUCAAAACCAGGGACGUUCACGUGUAAGGAGGCGAUUGAGUUGUGCGAUUCCAAGAAGGAAUGGUUGCGCUACUGAUCGCUGGAGGUGUGAAUCCGUAUUUAGACCGGUUGGGUAAUAGGACCCAUGGAGUGUGGGGUUUCCGCGAGUUUAUUUGCCUCCAGGUGGACAUAAACAAGCGUCCGUCACACAACUCUCGUCACAUAACAGUCUCCCACACGCUACUUCACGUGACAACAUGUUUCCUAAUGCUUCCGAACUUGUGCAACUUUAGCAUUUUUUUUGUACGAUUUUUUAUUUGUAAAUGUGCAUUAUAUUAUUGAAAUGUUAACUCGUCCAUUCCUAUUUUAUAAAAAUGUCUGUUUUUAUUAUUACUAUAUAUUGUUUAGAAUUUAUUGUAAAUGUGUUUUCUUUUCUAGUUUGUUUUUUUAUACCUUGCACAAAAAGCAGCUGCAUAGACUGAUCUGUGUUUUUCUAAGUUUAAAUGUGCGAGUCAAAUGAGAGUUGCCUGUAUGCAUGUGUAUGUUGGGAGCGAGCUCCCUAUUGCUCAACCAUAUUAUGUAUGCCGAUGAUCUGGUAAUCGCUGCUCACUCAGAGGAGGAGUUGGAGGCGCUGCUGCUAAACCUGGAGAUUGCCACUAAGAGGUGGGGCCUUACCAUCAGCCCCACCAAAACUAAGCACCUGCCAGGGUAAUUUGUACCAUCGGACACUCCACCCCCACAACUCCCAAUUAGUGAUGGGGCAGUUGUGGAGAGAGUGGAGAGUUUCCCAUACCUGGGCAGUGUGCUUAUGACCGACUCCGGUUUAACAGCAGAGGUCUCAAUCCGCGUCAGUCGAGCGGCAAUAUCUUUUCAUCGGUUGUGUAACGCUGUGUGGAAGCUACCUGGUCUGUCACUCCGCACGAAGCUUCACGGUCAUUCCCUCCCUUCUCUACGCUUGCGAAACGUGGACCCCCCUAAUGGAACAUCUUCGCCGGUUAGAAACAUUUAGGCUGGCCUGCCUACGAUCCAUCCUGGGUUUAACCAGGCUGGAUUGUGAGGAGAUCACAAAUCCUUGAAAGAUCUGGACAAAGUCCCAUCGGUGAGCUCCAGCAGGCAAGGCUGUGUUGGCUGGGCCAUGUAGCCCGCAUGCCCAGUCACUGCUUGCCUAAACAGCUUUUGUUCGGCCGGAUCGAGGGGGCUAAACGGGCGCGGCAUGGGCUAGAGAAGAUGUGGUACAGGAGGACGUGGAGCUGAGUGGACUUGCCGAUGACCGGUACCAGCGGUGUCAAGAUCAGCCUCUGGAGGCGGCUCGUGAAGGACGCUACUGGGCAGUUGGAGGCAGUCGCCCUCCAUCAACAACGGAGGGCGGGGGACCGACGCUCGCAACAACGAGCGGAGCGCCGGGUGGCUAAAGUACAGCAAGUUCGCACAGUAGGGGGCACAGGUGGUGCAUCAGCCAGUCAUCUCAGUCGACCCGUGGCACCUGGGUCUGCCCCGUGACCUGCUAGCGGGCGUUCGACACUUCACGUGGCCUCAAGGUGCACAUAGCCUGGCACAAGCGUCGUGGUGACGUCACCACCACUUAGUGGCGAAUGGCGGUUGUUGGGAGCGAUAAGUGUAGCGGUUAGCUUGUUGCACGACAAACCGAGUGACUCAAAUUAGAUUCCCCGCACACAGCCACUGACGAUUAUCUGAACCGGUCCUAGGCCUCCCAAAGGUCAACUCAAAUGAGUGCCUGGUGUAAUGUGUAAACACUUACAAGGGAGACAAAGUCGGCCGGGCGUGGUGCUGGCCACUCACCCCCUCGUGUGCCGUGCCGGCCUUCAUAAGGUGAUCGCUAACAGCACUUUCCCAAAAAGUAUUUUAAGGCUAUACGGGGAAUCUUUGUUGGAAGAUGGUAACAGCAAAUGUGCUGCUUGCACCACGGUUCGGUACUGGCCAUCGUGCGGAUGUGGAUUACUAUUGCAUGGAUGGUGAACACAAUGACAUCGUCAGCGGUGUUGCUCUUGGCUUGUAGGCAUUUUUCUGCCUUCGAGAGGCAGGAUGUAGGGGCCACCACCAGCUGGUCAGCUCUUAUCUGUUGUGUGGGAGAUGACAGUGGUGAAUCAUGUCGUGCGACCCAAUUGCACCUGGUGCAUUGUACGGGUCUUAUUCGUUCCUCGCUCAUGGCAAGAAUUCGUCACGGUGUGCGAUGACUGCCCACUUUGCUGUGUUAAGUUAGCCCAGCUGAAAUCCAGUGUACCGUGGUCCCAACAGCGUGAUGCACUAACAAAUUGUUGAUUGUGCGAAAUCGGUAGGAGGAAUUACCAGAAUUAAACGUUUACAUCAACCAAUGGGUCUUCUUCCACAAAGCCACGUAUGGAAGACGGGGCAAGGCAUCCCAAGGGUGAACUAAGAUUUUCACCAACCACGCUUGAUCCACUGCUAGAUGAAGGCCCACCCCAAGCCCCUCUAGCAUGCCAAAUUUCCAUUUCAUGAAUCCGCCACAUAUGUUUGCACUUAAGCACAGCGAAUUGAACUUGAUUUUAGUAUACUACAGGGUAAGAACAAGUACUAAAACAAUCUAAAACGUAUAUAUGCCUCGCUACAAUUGCGUUAGUGAUUACAACAAGCUUCGCGUGUGUUCAUUUAUAUAUUGUAUUUUAUAAUUUAUGUUAUUUAAUAUAAUAGAUUAGGGGAUGGGGCAUGUCCAGAGAUUUCCAUUUUAAGGGGCGAGUCUUGGUGGGGGGGAGGAAGUGGUAUCGGUUAAAUAGUGGCAAGUUCUCUUCUUGAUAAUCAAUAUCAGAUGUUGGCUUAAACCCCCCAGUCUUCUCAGAUCUCUGUCCAUCCUCCACAACUGUUGCGCCUGGGGGCAACGUCGUGCUUUACAAUCCUCUUGCGCUUCCAAGUCGUCCGUUGUAUAUUUUUUUAAAUGUUCCACUUGCAACAUUAAAUCAAGCCACGGUGUGUACAUCGGCCUGGAGGUUUGCUGCGAAUGUCGGGAGGUGGAAUGAAGAUGUUUACGCAUUAAAGCCACACUCCUAUCGAACAAA